GACGUCUUGACCACACGUCUCCUCUUACUAUCUCCCAACAUCACACUUGAUUUCACAAACAAAAAUCAGUACCUUUUUCAUCAUGUCUACCACCGUCCACGUUCAGAACAUCUCCGCUCAGACCUCUGAGAAGGAAGUCCGCGACUUCUUCUCGUUCUGCGGCAAGAUCUCCAACAUCUCCAUCACCCCUGAGUCGAAUGCCAGCGACAGCGUCAAGUCUGCCACUGUUACUUUCGAGAAGGAAUCUGCUGCUAAGACUGCUCUCCUCCUCGACAACACCCAGCUCGGUGCCAAUCAGGUUCACGUUGCUGCCACCGCUACCCUUGACCAGCUCGCUGGUGGCAAGCUUUCCGCCGCCGAUGAAGAGUCCUCGGACAACAUCUCCCAGGAGGACAAGCCCCGCUCUCGCAUUGUCGCAGAGUACCUUGCUCACGGCUACACCAUCAGCGACAAGGCCAUCGAGCGCGCCCUUGCUCUGGACCAGCAGCACGGUGUCAGCGCUCGCUUCACCUCUUCGCUGCAGCAGUUCGAUGCCAAGUACCAAGCCACCGCAAAGGCUCAAGGCAUCGACCAGAAGCUCGGUGUCACCGACAAGGGUGCCGCUGCUUGGUCUGGCUUGAACUCCUACUUCGAGAAGGCCCUUGGCACUCCCACUGGCCAGAAGCUCAGAGACUUCUACAACCAGGGUAGCAAGCAGGUCCUCGAUGUUCACAACGAGGCCCGUCACCUUGCCAACCUCAAGACUGGCAAGAACGACGUCCACUCUGUUGGAAACGGCAAGACCAAGUGUAAGUCCAGUCAUGCUCAAAGUCAUCCGUCACCCUACUAAAACAAUACAGGCUCCUGCGGCGGCGACUCUAGCUCUUGCCCCUGCGCUGAUGGACACUGCGCCUGCUCCGGUUGCUCCAAGCACUCCG